CGUGCGUCCGAUGUCCAAAGUCAUCAGUCAUCAACAGCUCGUCCAAGUCUCCGACAAACGACAACCACACCUCAACCAAUUUAAUCGUAUAUAUUAUAUACAUUACCCACAACAAUCACCGUCAUCAUGCAAUUCACAGUGUUGAUCGCCUUCGUGCUCGUAGCCGCCGCCGUCGCUUCCCCAAUCGCCGACAAGCCCGCUGCCGACAAGUCCGAAUCCGUCAAGGACAAACGCGCCAUCUACGCCGUCGCCCCGUCAGUAUACCACGCCCCAGCCGUCUACCACGCUCCGGCCGUCUACCACGCGCCGUCCGUCUACCACGCACCAGCCGUCUACCACGCACCGUCCGUGUACCACGCACCAGCCGUCUACCACGCACCAGCCGUCUACCACGCACCGGCCGUCUACCACGCACCAGCCGCCGCCACUUCUUACUCCAGCGUCAGCAUCUCUCACCCCGCAGUGGUCGCCAGCGCCCCAGUCUACGCCCCAGCCCACCCAGUGUACUACCACCGUCGCUGAGCGGACUGACGACACGAUUAUGAUUCUGAAAAUAUUUCACUCGCCGAAGACAGACCAUCCGUCCGACUACAUCGCUGCUGCAGUUGAUGUGCCCGUUGCAAAUUUCAAAAUCUUUAAUCGUACAAUAAUAUUAUAAUAUGUGUAAUUAAAUUAUUACAGUGUUGAAUUCAUCCACUCAAUAAUAAAAAUCUAUAUAUAUAUA